AUGUGAGCUGGGCUCCUUCUAGGAAUAUUGGCUCUAACCCCAGCUAUUGCACAAAAACUCUUCCGUAAGAACUACCUGGUGACAUUACCAGCCCAGCUGAAUUUUCCCUCAACUCAGAAGGUUUGCUUGGAUCUGAGCCCUGAGUACUAUGGUGUAAAGUUCACUAUUACUCUGGAGACCAAGGGCAAGACCCAGAAGUUGCUUGAACACCAUGGGUCGAGGAAGAGGCACUUACAUUGUAUGUCUUUUUUGAUACCACCUCCUGCAGGUGACACAGAAUAAGUGUCUACAAUUCAGGUGUUGGGAACCAGAAAUAACAUCAGCUUUGGGAAAAAAUUGGUUCUAAUUCAGAGGCAGAGGAAUGGCAUCUUCGUACAGACUUACAAACCUAUCUACAACCCAGGGCAGCGAGUGCACUUCCGAAUUCUCACCCUGAACAGCAACUUUGUUCCAAUGAAUGACAAGUAUUCCAUGGUGGAACUGCGGGACCCAAAUAGCAAUAGGAUUGCACAGUGGCUGGAAGUGGUACCUAAGCAAGGGAUUGUGGAGCUACCCUUCCAACUGGCACCAGAGGCAAUGCUGGGCACCUACACAGCGGCAGUGGCUGAGGGCAAGACCUUUGGCACCUUCAGUGUGGAAGAAUAUGUGUUGCCUAAGUUUAAGGUGGAAGUGAUGGAACCCAAGCAGUUAUCAACAGCAGAGGAAUCUUUCAGGGUAAAAAUUUGUUGUAGGUACACCUAUGGAAAACCCAUGGUAGAGGCCGUACAGGUAUCAGUGUGUCAAAAGGCAUAUACUUACACUUGGGAGGGGCAGAAUGAGAACAGAGAGAUACCUGACAAAUGCAGCAACCUCUCUGGACAGACUGACAAAGCCCAAUGCUUCUCAGCUUCUGUGAACAUGUCCACCUUCAACCUCACUGGUUAUCUGUACAUCCACAGCAUCAAUAUUGUGGCUACUGUGGUGGAGGAAGAGACCAGCAUGGAGGCCAAUAGCACUCAGGAUAUCUACAUUUCUUCACAAAUAGGAUCAAUGACCUUUGAAGACACCAGUGAUUAUUAUUACCCCUAUUUCCCCUUCACUGGGAAGAUAAGAGUUAGGGGCCAUGAUGGCUCCCUCCUCAAGAAUCAUAGAGCAUUUCUGAUGAUUUUUGGCAUAAAUGCAACCAUCAACCAUGUCCUAAUUACUGACGAUGAUGGCCUUGCUUUCUUCAAGCUGGACACGGUUAAUUGAAAUGGGACAGACAUUUCUCUGGAGGGAAGAUUCCAAAUGGAAGAUUUGGUAUAUAAUCCAGAACAGGUGUCUCAGUACUACCAAAAUGCCUACCUGUACCUGCAACCCUUCUACAACAUAACUCGAAGCUUUCCCAGAAUCCACUGGUUAAGUGGCAUCUUGCAGUGUGGGCAGCCCCAGGAAGUGCUGGUGGAGUAUCACCUUGACCCAGCUGAUGCAGACCCUGACUGGGAAAUCGCCUUCUCCUACUACUUCAUAGGGAAAGAAAGUUUGGAGAUGGAGGUAGAAAACCUGAACUCUAAAAAGAAAGGACUGAAAGGCUCCUUCUCUCUCUCACUGACAUUCAACUUCAGACAAGCCCCUGAUCCUUCCCUCGUGAUCUACGCCAUUUUUCCCAAUGGAGCUCUGAUAGCUGACAAGACUCAGUUCUCGGUAGAGACGUGCUUUGACAGUCAGGUUUCCCUUGGCUUCUCACCUUCCCAGCAGCUUCCAGGAGCAAAUGUGGACCCACAUCUGCAGGCAGCUCCUGGGUCCCUGUGUGCAGUCCGGGCCGCUGAUGAGAGUGUCUCACUACUGAGGCCAGAGACAGAACUGAGCAACCGCUCUGUCUAUGGGAUGUUCCCAUUCUGGUAUGGCUACUACCCCUGUCAGGUGGCUGAAUAUGAUGAGUAUCCAGUGUCUGACCCUGGGGACCCUCUUCGACCCCUCAUUCUUUGAGUGACUGAAGAGCGUUGGAGCAAGCGUUCAGCUACGUGGAGGCCCUGGUUCUCUAAAGGCAGGGACCUUUUCAGUUUCUUCCGCAACAUGGGACUGAAAAUACUGUCCAAUGCCAACAUCAAGAAGCCGGUAGAUUGUAGUCAUCAGUCUCUAAUAGAAAGCACCGCAAAGUUGAAGGCAGUGGUCCUAAGGAGAUUACUGGGUUUGGGGUUCUUGCCUUUAUUAAUGUUGUCAGAGGAUUCUUAGGUCUGCCAGUACUUCCCAGAGACUUGGCUCUGGGAUCUGCUUCCUAUUAGGCCACAGAGAGACAUUAUGGGCACAGCCCUGCAGAACCCAGACAAUUUGGUGCAGAUGCCCAGUGGCUGUGGGGAGCAGAACAUGGUGCUUUUUGCUCCCAUCAUCUGUGUCUUGCAAUAUCUGGAGAAGUCAGCGCUGCUGACCAAGGAAAUCAGGUCCCGAGCAAUUGGUUUCCUGGAGCAAAGGUGAGUUUGGUACCAGAAGGAGCUAAUGUACAAACACAGCAAUGGCUCAUACAGUGUCUUUGGGGAGCAGGAUGGAAAUGGAAACACGUGGCUGACAGCCUUUGUCACCAAAUGCUUUGGCCAAGCUCAGGAAUUCAUUUUCACUGAUGACAAGAACAUCUAGGAUACCCUCUAGUGGAUGGCAGGAAACCAGCUCCCCAGUGGCUGCUAUGCUAAUGUGGGGAAGCUCAUUCAAACUGGCUGUGAAGGUGGUGGUGUUGACGAUGAGACCUCCUUGACCGCCUACACCCCGGCUGCCUUGCUGGAGAUGAAACAGACCAUAGAUGACCCAGUGGUGAGUCGGGGUCUGCAGUUUCUCAAGAAUUCUGCUUCCUUCACCACCAACCUCUACACACAGGCCCUACUAGCUUAUACGUUCUCUCUGGCUGGGGAGAUGGACAUCAGAAACAUGCUUCUGGAACAGUUAGAUUGGCAGGCUAUCAUCUUAGGCAUGUGGUCAUGUUACGAGUUUUUGGAAACUGAAAAUAUGCUAUAUCUAAUAAUUUGUUGGUGUAAGACCCUUGAAGUUGAUGGGGAUACUGUAGUUGCUCUCCAAGCUCUUGCCAAAUAUGCCACCACUGCCUACGUGCCAUCUGAGGAAGUCAACCUGGCUGUAAAAUCUGCUGAGAAUUUCCAGCGCUCUUUCAAUGUUCAGGCUGCCAACCGGUUGGUAUUUCAGCAAGAGACUCUGCCCAAUGUCCCUAGAGUGUACACCGUGGAGGCCACGGGCCAGGGCUGCGUCUGUGUGCAGAUGGUGCUGAGAUACAGUAUUCUCCCUCCUAAAAAUGUGGAGACCUUUAGUCUUAGUGUGGAAAUGGGAAAAGCUAGAUGUGCCCAACCAACUUCAUCUCGAUCCUUGACCCUCACUAUCCACACCAGUUACGUGGGGAGUCGCAGCUCUUCCAACAUGGCCGUCGUGGAAGUGAAGAUGCUUUCUGGGUUCAGGCCCAUGGAGGGCACCAAUCAGUUACUUCUCCAGCAACCACUGGUGAAGAAGGUUGAGUCUGGAGCUGACAUACUUAACAUUUACUUGGAAGAGAGUGCCGUGCACAGGGAUGAGCGUCCGGAGUGACUGAGUUCACAACCACGGAAUGAGUUCUGCCUCCACACUGGUGUUACCACAAAACAGCCUCGUGUCCUUCAGGGCGGCACCGCCUCACAGCACAUCUCAGUUCUGACCAGCCGAGUUUCAGGUGCUCAGCAGCCACCUGCAGCCGGACAGCUCCAGAGUGUAG